AUGUCAUUCAACAUCAUUAACUGCAACAGGUUGGAACCUGCAGGACCGGGGCUGGGACAGACACGGCUGAGAAAGGAGUGGGAGGCUCUGUUCAAAAUGCCCUACACGGCGGUGGAUGUGGAGGAGGAGUAUAUUGCCCCAGGUUCAGGUAACGACGCUAAAGGCCCCGCCCCUCGUCCUCUCAGCAGGUGGAGGACUUUCUGGCGGGCGGCGAGCAGCUGUUGCCGUGACAACCACUACAGACGCCUGUCAAUCAUCAGCGUGGUGUGCGGCCUGACCUGUGUUGGGGUCAUCGCGCUCAAGUACUCUGUCAAGGCCAAAGAGAGGCAACGUUUGGACCCAGACCGUGCUUCGUACUUCGCUCUAAAAGCUCGAAAGUUCAGCAUCAUCUCCAUUGUCGCCUUCGCCUCCAUCAUUGCAGUCGUCCCAAUCCUCAUGGCUCUGGUCUCCUAUCUCGUCACGCUGCAGGACUGA